GGCGCCAGUCAGAGACAGAGUACAAAAACGGCCAUGAACCUUGGAGCCAGCGGCCUCCUAAGGUGAGACCGUGAGAGGGACGCCCGCACGGUGCGGUCGCGGUGCCUAUGGACUCCGUCUUCGCGCUCGCGGCGGUGCCCCGGGCUCUCGUCCUGGAGCGCGCGGCGGCGCGCGUCCCCGGCUGCCUCUACCUCUGCCUCUGGGCGCCGGUGACCGCCCAGCUCCCAUCCAGCCAUUUGUUCUGCUUGGACGCGUGGAUCGCCGGCGGCGGCGGCGGUGCUCGCGCACGGGCGGGCUUCGAGGCGUACCGGGGGGCGCUCUGCGCCGUCGUAAGCGGGUGCGUGCCCGGGUGGGCGUACAGGGAGGGCCGCGCCUACAUGGAGCUGCCGGAGCCGGACCUGACGUCGUCGGCGUCGCUGCAGGUGCAGCAGCAGUUCUACCAUGAAGCCGGCACGAAGAUGGCGGUGUUCAUGGGAUGCGAGAGCGGCGAGAUCGAGAUCGGUCUGUCGACUACAUCGGUGGCAGCGGCGGCCGUGGCGGAUCACGUGCACCAGUCGUUCCUGGAGGACCUCCUCCAGCUGCCGCCGGCAGGGCUGUCGUCCUCGUCCUCCCCCGUGCCGUCGCUCUCCAUCGGGAGCCCGGAGUACUCCUCUCUCAUUCGCGCAAUGGCGACGCCGGCAGCAACGGCGGGCGAGCCAUCCACGCAGCCACUGCUGAUGCAUGCGUCGUCGCUGCCCGGCUUGCUCGCGCCGAUCGUCGAAGCCAACGACUACGCCUUAAUGGCGCAGGCAAUGCUCGCGGCCAUCCCCUCCCCCGGUGCGUCGACCACCUCCACGCCGCCGCCUCCGCCGUGUCCUCCCUGGCUGGCCAGCCACCGCUCGCAGCGGUCAUCGCCGCGGCGGACGACGGCGUUCAAACCGUAUCGCGCGGCGCUCUCGCCAAGGGCGCGGCCGCGGCCAGGCGCGCCGGGGCAGAGGAUGAUCAAGACAUGCAUGUCGCUCCUGGCAAGCGUGCACAUGUCAAUGCGCAACCAGCCGGAGCUCGCCGGCGCGCACCACGAGCCACCGCCGUCCAGCACCAGCCAGCUGCACCACGUGAUCUCGGAGCGGCGCCGGCGCGAGCGGCUCAACGACAGCUUCCAGACCCUCAGAGCUCUGCUCCCUCCCGGGUCCAAGAAAGACAAGGCCAACGUCCUUGCGAGCACGACAGAGUACAUGGCCAAGCUGGUGUCCCAGGUGACCCAGCUCCGAGAGAGGAACCUGCAGCUCGAGGCGGAGCUCGGCCUGAACCCAAGCGCAAGCGAUAUCAAUAACCCCUCGGGGAAAACAGUGGAGGUCGAGGUGACCACCGGGGCGUCGACGUCGACAUCGACAUCAUCGACGACGCCGAGUCAGCAGCCGCGGGAGGUGGGCGUGCGGGUGACGGUGCGGGCGGAGUGCGACAUGUCGGACAUGCUGGUCUCGCUGCUCGCACGGCUGAAGGACGCCGGGGGUUUCAUGGUGGUGGCCGCGGAGGCGAGGCAACAGAGCAGCGCGCUUGCACGGGCCAGCCUGACAUUGCGGAUGACGGAGGCUGGAGACGUCGUCGACGCGACACGGCUCGAGGAAGCUCUGACGAAGGUCGUCGAGGACGCGGUGAUGAAGACGCCGCCGCCGCCGGUGGUGCCACCCCCGAGGUCGCCGUAGGUAGGAUGCCAGCAUUGACCGUGUCAGGGAGCCCGAGGAGGAGGCAGGAAAAUGACUGUGUUUGGUGGCAAUGGCGCCGUAUGUUUCUCGUUCGUUCUCUCGUCUUUUAUCCAUGUAGUGCUGUUGAGCUUUGGUAGUUUUGGGUCAAGAUUGAAGGCCCCUAUUUAUUUUAGUGUAACGUAGUCUUCAGCUUGAUGAUACUAGUUUAUUUCUGUUUUACGGGAGUCAGCUUUGAUAAUUUAUUUUUGUUUUGAGGGAAUCAGCUUGAUGAUAGGUCUAUUGAUGGCCCAAUGUUGCAGUUUUGACAUGAAA